GUGUUUUGUAUUGACUCUUCAUAAGGUGUAGUUACUUAUACGCUGUUGAAACCAAGCAGUUUAUUAUUCAGGCCUUCACUGUCCCUUUCGGCCUUCCACACUACGCCCGAGGCUCUCCCUUUAAAUCAGAUUAUUAAGGAAACGGGAUUUUGACGUCACGGCUUUAAAAGUGCGGGGAGCGACUGGAGCGCGCGCAGAGACAAGCAUGACUCCAGCGGUAUCGUCAUAGUGAAGUUCAAGGACAAGCUGCUCGAGAUGGCCUCGUCUUAUUUAGAGAUAGAUGACGAGGACGAGGGGUAUGCACUGUGCCUGUUUUGUAUACCCAGACACUACGAAGAAGACUUGGACAGUGUUCUUAUUCCCAAUGGUCUCAUAAAGGAUAGGACCGAGCGUAUGGCCAGAGAUAUUGUUCGUGAUAUGGCAGCACAACAUAUCGUGGCCCUGUGCGUGCUGAAAGGAGGGUAUACAUUCUUUGCAGACCUGAUGGAUUACAUUAAGACACUGAAUCAGAACAGUGACAAGUCUAUGCCAUUGACUGUGGAUUUCAUUAGGCUAAAGAGCUACUCCAAUGACCAGUCGACAAACUGUGUAAAAGUUAUUGGAGCGGACGAGUUAACUGGUCUCAGUGGAAAGAAUGUGCUUGUGGUCGAGGAUAUUAUAGAGACUGGGAAGACGAUGGAAACUCUGCUGACGUUAUUAAAUGAAUGUCAACCCAAAAUGGUCAAAGUGGCCAGUCUACUUGUGAAAAGGACCCCAAGAAGCUCAGGAUAUCGUCCUGAUUACUUCGGUUUUGAGGUUCCUGAUAAAUUCCUGGUGGGAUAUGCUCUAGACUACAACGAAUAUUUCAGGGAUUUGAAUCACAUCUGUAUACUAAGUGACCAGGCAAAAGAAAAGUAUAAAGUAUGAACAGAGUAUAAAAUGCUGGAUGCAUGAAGACUGAGACCACUGUGACCCCCCCCUCCCCUUCUCUCUUGGUUGUGUUUAUACAUUCUUCUGUUUUUUUUUUUGUUUUUUUUUCUUGAAGUAGUAUGAACUUCACUUUCACAAAAGGCCAGAGAUGUUGGAGAAUGAAAGGGUGACUGGAAAAGAUGAUUUUGUUCAGAAUUAGUAGGCCUAGAGUUAAUCUAUGUCACUAACAUAUAACUAUGACGUUAUUAGGAAGUGUUAUUUUACGUGUUUGUUUUUAUUUAUUCCUAUCGAGGCCUUAGGAUGUACUUGAUUUUUUUUUUUAAGUGUUCUAAAAGACGGUCAGUUAUAUGGCAGUGGUUCAGAGAGAAAGAAAAUACAUUUUAUUUAGAGUUAUGAAUUCAGUGCAUGACUGUACAUUGUUACAUUUAUUUAAAUAUAUUAUACAUAUAUUGUAAAGUAUAUUUAUCAUUAUAUAUAAAUAUAUAAAUCAUGAAAAAAUAUAUUAUUUAUUUAUAUAAUAUAAUAUAAUAUAAUAUAAUAUAAUAUCAUGGGAUAACACAGUGGUGGCUCAAUUGUUAAGACUCUGGGUUACGUAUCUGGAUCCAGAAGGUUGUGGGUUCAAGCCCCAGCACUGCUAAGCUUCCCCUAUUGGACCUGUAACCCUCUCUGCUCCGGGGUGCUGUAUCACAGCCGACCUUGUGCUCUGACCCUGAUGUCCUAACAAACUGGGAUAUGUGAAGAAAAAGAAUUUCACUGUGCUAUAAUGUAUAUGCUACAAAUGAAGUCUUCAUCUUCUAGACCUCCUGAAUUACUGCAAUAAAGUAGUACUAAUGUG